GCAAAAUAUUUAACAAACUAUGCCGAUGACCUAUAAUUGCUAUUGUUUAUUUAGAAACAUAUGUUUUUACAAAUAACACAUUAUUUUAAGUGUUAGAACAUUUAAUUAUGUGUGUCUAUUUGUUUGUGACCUUGUUUGUGAAAUUUCCAAACUAAACAAUGCCUUACACGUAUUUAUUCAAAUACAUUAUUAUAGGCGACACAGGUGUCGGCAAAUCUUGUUUGCUCUUGCAGUUUACUGACAAGAGAUUUCAACCGGUUCAUGAUUUGACGAUCGGAGUCGAGUUUGGAGCCCGGAUGGUCCUGAUUAAGGGGAAGCAAAUAAAGCUGCAAAUUUGGGAUACGGCCGGGCAGGAAGCUUUCAGGUCUAUCACAAGAUCUUAUUACAGAGGGGCUGCUGGUGCUUUACUCGUGUACGAUAUAACGAGGAGAGAAACCUUCAACCAUCUAACAACUUGGCUUGAAGAUGCACGUGAACACUGCAGUAUUAAUAUGGUUAUCAUACUCAUCGGGAACAAGUCUGAUCUCCGGUCUAGGAGAGAAGUGGCAUUUAACGAAGGAAAAACCUUUGCUAACGACCAUGGCUUGAUAUUCAUGGAAACUUCAGCAAAAACUGCAGCAAAUGUAGAAGAGGCUUUUAUUUACACUGCUAAAGAAAUUUAUGAGAAAAUUCAAAUAGGUGUUUUUGACAUUAGCAACGAUGCAAAUGGAAUUAAACUUGGACCACUUAAAUCCAUGCCAGAUAGUAAUUUGUCACAAAGUGCUGAAGAUCCUCAUCAAAACUACACUUGUUGUUGAAUUAUACUUUUUAAUUUCACUUUUGUUUCCUUAAGAAAAUUUAAACUGUUAAUUUACUUAAAUUUGUUUGUGUACAAAUUGUUAAGCUUAAACUAACCUACUUGUAAAUUGUUUUUAAGUUAAUAACAAUUGAUAGUUUGUAAUUAUAGUAAUACUAUUGUAAUACCUCUAUAAUAUCUAGGCAUUUUUGCCUCUGAAGAAGAGUCAAUAUAGACUUGAAAUGUAAAGAUA